AUGCACUACUUUGUUGGAUGGCCUUCGGUUCUUGAGUCGUAUUGUAAGUUGGGCGAAGUCUUUGCAGUGUGUUCAUCUGAAGAUGGGGAAACAUCCAUUGUUUGCACUAGUUCAGACGUCGUCGUUUUCCAUCUUAAGUUCUUGUGUGCCAUAGCACAUUUUUCUCGUUCGAAUUUGUGCUUGACUGAAAAUGGGCUCACAUCGUCUGCUGUUUUAAAGUGGGACUCUUCCAAAAUACUGCUAUGCACUGAUAAGGGUAUCGUGCUCAUAUAUUCUGUCGAGAACCUACAGUCCGUCUGCGAGUCACUGGAUCCAGACAGCGUUCCUGAUCCAUCCAUAGAAAUAUUGUUCUUGAAGUCUAUUCGAGUUGCUGAAUGUAAAUGCAGUGUGUUUUCAUUAGGUGAAACUGUUAUUGUUGCUACUGAGAAAGGGGGUUUGAUCAAAUUGCGGUGGGAUGGUUCGUAUUAUGGUGAAUCUAUAAACCUUAGAUCAAUAAACUUACCGCGAGACAUCAAAAGCUUCAGUGAUAAAAACUCAGAAGAACAAGUUUAUUGCAAAACUGUAGAAUGGGCUCCUACGUUUGGCGGCGCUUUCGCUCUAUUUUCUUCUGGUCAUAUAGCUUUGUUUGUAUCACUUGGUGCUGUUGCAAAUCAAACGGAUAUUGAAGUAAUCUUGGUCGAAAACGUCGGUCAUCCAACAUGUACGGCUGUAAAUAAUCGCUUUCGGACACUAGCUGUUGGAACCGAAAGCAACGAAGUUUUGUUGUACAAGAUGGAUGAAACUUCUGGUGUUCUUAAAAUUAAAAAUACUCUUCGUAUAUCUGGUCGGGAAUCAUCUUAUACUACCGAGGAAGUAGGUCCUGUUUCAGAGAUUUCUUGGUCACCGGAUGGAUACACUUUGGCUGUUGUUUGGUUACGUUCGGGUUGGUCGUUGUGGUCAGUUUUUGGUGCAUUAUUAUACACCAGCUUAAGUGAGCAUCUUAGUCAAUUUGGUAAAAUAAAUGUUUCAAACCUCUCCUGGGCUCAUCAUGGUUAUAAUAUAGUCGGUUUGUUAACCUUAAGCAACGUGACAGAGAUUUCCGGGGUCGCAAACACUGACUCCUUUGUUUCAGAAAAGGUCUCCACCAAAGAUACUACAAAAGUAGAGAAGUCACAAUUUAUUUCCGAUGGUCUGGGCUGUCCUUCACAAAACUCUUCAUACCUGGUUGUCUUCCAUCUGGCUAGGUCUUCAAUAACAGCUAACCCAACAUCAGAUAACCAUUUGCAUAUCGUUCUUCAAACUACUGACCGAAUAAUUGUGACGAACAAGGAUCUAUUGACCUCUAGAAUGCAAACCGAGAGUUUAUUAAUCCCAAAACAAUAUAUCAACUCUAAUUGGCCAGUUCGGUAUGUUGCUGUUUCUACAGAUGGUAAAAAAAUAGCCGUUUCAGGUCGCAAUGGAUUUAUUCAUUAUAACACUGAUUCACAACGUUGGCAUGUUUUCGGCAAUAUAAAGCAGGAAAACUCCUUACACGUCUUUGGAGGUAUGGCAUGGUGGAAACAAUAUAUUUGUCUCACCUGUUUUACAGAAAAUUAUGGUACUAGUGAGGUUCGUGUCUACUCGUCGGACCAUAAACUUGACAAUCAAUUUAGCUCCAUCUGUGAUCUUCCAUCCCUUACAUUACCCGUCAUUGUAGACAAUUUCGAAAAUCUGUUUCUUGUACUUACCAACGAUGGAUGUCUGCAAAUCUUUGGUUUAUCAGAGUCUGUAUCCAGUAAAAGCACUGUCGCCGUAUCUCCUUUCAAGGCUGUAAAUUUAACAGAUAUUGUCAUAUUUCCAGCAUGUGUUGUUCGGAUUUGCUUUACAACUUUAAAGAGUAAUGCAUCUUUUACUCGUACAACCACUUCAGGAUCUAAUUUGUUUCGUAACUUCGACCCAGGUUUAUGCUCAGUUGAAAGCUUAGUUAUGAAUUAUUCCGGUGAUGUGUUUAUGUUGCAACGUUCAUUUUUGGAUUUCACUCCGAAAAGCCAUUCUGGAACCCCUGAGGAAAUUAACCAACAGUUACUAUCAUUCGGAACACCUUUAUUAGUUGCUUCUGAAAUAGAAAUUCUAUGGUCUACAAGCUGUUUCACAACAAUCACUUCUCAGGCUGAUAAUGAUCGUUUAUCGUCAUUGAAUGUGAUUGAUGCAAAUGCUUAUACGAAAGACUCCUUGUGGCUUUAUUCCGGAGCAGCUGGACUUAGUGUUUGGCUUCCACUACCGCAAGUUCCUUCUUCGCUUGCAUUUAGUUUUAAUUAUGAAUCUGUGAGGUCAGAUACCAACCACAAAUUUAGUACGGAUCACGAUAGUUCAUCGGUCUUAAAUUAUGAUUACCGAAGAAUAAUGUUGUCAUUUGAGUUGGGUGGUGAUUUGUACCCUCUUAGUAUUUGCUUUCAGGAAGGCUUGCUAGUCGGUAUUCUUAAUGAGUUUCAUCGUUGCUGGAACAAGUCAUUGGUUCAUUGUAAGGAAAAUAUAUCUUCAGAUUUAUUCGCGCUAUUUCCUUAUGGAACUUUGUUAAUUAAGAUUCAGGUAGCACUACAUCAUAUUAUUCGACAGCUUCUUAAGAAAAAUUUGGGAAUACAUGCGUUUCAAAUGAGUUUAGCGUAUCAACAUUUACCGUACUUUCCUCGUAUUUUGGAACUGUUAUUACAUGAAGUCUUGGAGGUUGAAGCUGCCUCCAAAAUUCCAACGCCAGAUCCAUUACUACCGCAAGUUGUAGCAUUUAUUCAAGAAUUCUCCGAUUUUCUGGAGAUUUUGGCCCAUUGUUCUCGUAAAACCGAUGUCACUUGGUGGCCUCAUUUAUUCAUUACCAUCGGAAGGAAACCAAAAGAUCUAUUUGAACUGUGUUUGGAAAAUAAUAAACUGGAAACAGCUGCUUCUUUUUUAAUUCUUCUUCAAACAUCGGAACCUCUUUCUGUUAGUUGGGAGUGCGCAUUAACCUUGUUUCGAGCAUCGCUUCAAUCUAUGAAUUGGAAUCUCAUUCGUGAUCUGUUACGCUUUCUGUGUGCUAUUGAUCCAACUGAAUAUAGUUCAAGUGAUGAGCAUAGUAGAAAAAAAGACUUUAACAAAUCCCACAAUAUGUACUUCAACCCAUGUAAUCAUUUAAAAAAUUUAUCUAAUCUUGAUAAUGAUCAUAUGCAGUUAAAAGCCGGUCCUGAGAAAUCUAUCAACAAGGUCGUCUGGUAUGGUGGAAUGUCAAAGUAUCGACCUACAAGAGUUCCUAUCGAAUUACUGGACUUAGGAAAUGACCAAAUCAAAGAUUUGUGUAAUAGAAUCGAGAUAUCGUCUGACUCGUCAGUAACUCAUAUCCAAAAACCAUCUUCCACUCUUCGAAACCAGCUUGAACAGCUCUUGUUUAGGGUUGCUGUGGAUUAUUUUUCUCAAGGUUACCUUAAACGUGCAUCCCAAUUAGUUACAAAUAUUCCCGAAAUUUUUAAUGAUGGUUUUAGUACUGGUCACACAAACGUAUUGCAAAUGUGGUUAAAUAAAAAUAUUCAUAAUAUCCAACCCGAACCUAACUGGCCCCAGGUUUUCUUAAAUUUGUUAAAAGAAUUCAAUUUAGUUGUGGUUGAUUCUAACCUCAGUGGAGGAAUAUACAGUUGCUCGACUUCUCCUAAUGAACCUUUGUUAAAUUCGUCUAUUAUGGUACAAAGUGAUAAUACAUUUUCUGAAUCUUCACCUUUUAACUUUGAAUUCCGAUCGACUUUUGAUAAAGGGACUCUUUGUCAGUUACGAUACCUGUUGAACCAGUUAACCUUAGCUCGUUCAAAAGAAUGGAUCUGCCUUAUUAGUUUGCUUUGUCUAGAUAGAGAUGCUUUCUUACGGUCAUUUAGUAUGGCUUUCAACUGGACUAUGUUUUCAGAUUACUCUGAAAUCCAUCAGAAUGUCUCUGCAACCGACCUUUGUUUAAAAGAGCUGAUAACUGGUCUUUCAGAAAUAAAACAGUGGUCACAUGGCAAGAUUCCUGCGUACUAUUACUUUUUAGAGUCUUGUGAGCCUCACAUGAAGGUGAUUUUAGAAAAGGUGUAUCAAACUUCUGAUGAGAAAAAGAAGGUACCAAUGGCAUCAACAUUUUCCGGCAACACUUUGAUUGAAGAUGAUAUCGUAAAUGAAAUUCAGAAAAAGCAAAUGAUGGAAUUAAAGAGUUCGUCCGUAUCAUCUACAACAGAUACAUACCAAUAUUCAAAAGCGUGUCAAUUAAACUUGGGACAGGACUGUCUUAUCUCACUAAAAGUAGCGAAAGUAAGUCCUAGUCUUUUGGAUCUUACCUUGUCGUCUGCAAUGGAUGAAGCAGUAGUUCUUAAAAAUAACCCUGUUAACCGUUCAGUACUUUUGGAUUCACAUCACACAUCCCUUAACAAUUCUAGUUGUUCGACACCAAUUAUUCUUAGUAACGAAGCUGCCAUUACUAAACAUUGGACAUCUAGUUAUCCUGAUCGCUGGAAGUCUGUAGACGAUCCUGGCCCACUAGGGCGUCUUGUGGUUCUUAAUCUCAAUGAAACGGAUAGUAGUAACAAAAAUGAAUAUUUAUUUGAUGGAACAGCCGAAAAUUUUGCGGUUGGCUCUUUACACACUGAACAACGAACCUGUUCUGUCAUGUAGCUUUUUACGUACAACUUUCAAGAAAUCAGAAGUCAUGAAUAUGAGACAACUUUAAUGUUGAAGAAAAAAGAUGAAUGUAAAAAUGUAUUUUCUUUAUUCAUUAUAUCAAAAUUAUUUGUCUGAUAACACUGUGGUAUUUUGGCAAUCCAUUUAUCCUCAACAUUUAAGGAAAAUCUUAGUUUUCUUUUCAGUGCUUUAAAUGUGAAAGGGAUUUUUUGAAACAAGAUUCAGUUAAUCAUACAGAUUUUUAAUUUGCAAAUUAGUCUUGCUUAUUCACUUAUUAAAAAUAAUUACUUCCAUUCAAAAAUAGAUUGAAGUGUUUUUGGAUGAAGCAACUUCUGAAGUACAUUACAAAGUUGACAAGCCUACUUCAUAUAAUAAACUGUACGAAGAGAGUGCAGAAGUUAUAAGCUUUUUUAGAAAAGUAGUUUGACCAAAACUCUCGUUGGGGACAUUAGAUCCCCAGACUCACUUGGGAAAAGACCUAAUUUUGUAAUUUUAUUUAGAGAAUUUGAAUUUCUUCGUUUUCGCGCCGGAAGCGCUCUUGUCACCUUCAUGUCGUAUUCCCCGCUUGGAAAUAUCUUAAAUGCUAUUGGUCCGUUGCGUCUUUUAGUAUGCUAUUCGGUAACUCUUCCUAGGGACGGUUUUGUACUGUAUGUAUACGUUUUGAAUUGU